AUGCCAAGUUCACUUAAAGCAUUAUUAUCAUGUUUAACGCAACAAAAAUCUAAUUUUCUAGUUUAUAUAUCGAUUUUUAACAUUAUGCUAUGUGAAGACAUAUUAGCAUAUAUAUAUAUAUUUAUUUAUAAAUAUAUUAGAGAAAAUUAUUAA